AUGGGAGUCCCGGGAGAAAGAGCCCCACCGGUGGCGCGUCCCGGCGGAUUACGGGCAGCGCGCUCCACGCGCGAUCCGGCAGGAAGGGGAUGCGGAACCCGCAGCUCCGCGCGUCGCCCCGGCCGCGUGUCCGGCGGCCGCGGGGACGCUCCGCGCCGCGCCCCGCGCGCAGAUAACCGCGCGGGCACCUGCGCGCCCCGCGCCCAUUGGGCGGCCGCCGCCCCGCGCCGCCAACACCGCCCAAUCGGCGGGCGGCGCGCGCCUCCACCCCGAUACGUCACGGCCGGGCCGAGCCGUGGGAGCGCGCGGGGCUGCACGUGGCCGCGCCGCGCCCGACGGGACCCCCGGCCCCACCGCGGGGUCCGCCCGGCCAGCCCGGCCCCACCGCGGGGUCCGCCCGGCCCCACCGCGGGGUCCGACCGGCCCCACCGCGGGGUCCGACCGGCCCCACCGCGGGGUCCGACCGGCCAGCCCGGCCCCACCGCGGGGUCCGACCGGCCAGCUCGGCCCCACCGCGGGGUCCGCCGCUGGGUCCGCCAGCCAGCCCGGCCCCACCGCCGGGUCCGCCAGUCCGCCCGGCCCCACCGCGGGGUCCAACCGGCCCCACCGCGGGGUCCGACCGGCCCCACCGCGGAGUCCGACCGGCCCCACCGCGGGGUCCGACCGGCCAGCCCGGCCCCACCGCGGGGUCCGACCGGCCCCACCGCGGGGUCCAACCGGCCAGCCCGACCCCACCGCGGGGUCCAACCGGCCCCACCGCGGGGUCCAACCGGCCCCACCGCGGGGUCCGACCGGCCAGCCCGGCCCCACCGCGGGGUCCGCCAGCCCGCCCGGCCCCGCCCCGCCGGCCGCUCUACCCCCGCCGGCCGCCAGUGGCUACAUCCGGAGGCGGCGGCGCCCCCCCACUCGCAGCGUCGGGCCCCUCCCGCCGGCGCCUCAUCGAACAGCCAGGCAAUGAGCGCCGGGCCCCGGCGGCCGUGCUGCCCCGGAGCACUGAGGGGUAAUGCCCGCCCCGAUCGCUAUUCUGUUGGGUAA